AUGAGGCUCUAUGAUCCUAACCCACAGGCUCUUCAAGCCCUUAAAGGCUCCAACAUUGAGCUCAUGCUCGAUGUACCCAACGAAGGCCUUAAAGACAUCUCUUCUAGCCAAGCCAGUGCAGAUUCUUGGAUCCAAAGUAAUGUCAUAACCUACGGAAAUGUCAAUUUCAAAUACAUCGUGGUUGGGAACGAAAUAGAUCCCAAAGGUCCAUUCGCUCCGUUUGUUGCUUCUGCAAUGGAAAAUAUUCAAAAAGCAGUUUCUGCCGCCGGUCUUGCAACCCAAAUUAAAGUCUCCACCGCGGAUGGUCAGCUUGGAUAUCAAAAUCUGUUUGAUGCAAUUUUGGAUGCAGUUUAUGAAGCAUUAGAGAAAGCCGGAGGCGGUUCUUUGAAACUUGUCGUAUCGGAAAGUGGUUGGCCCUCGGCAGGUGGCGAUGGCGAAGUGACCACAAAAGAGAACGCGAGAACUUACAACUCAAAUUUGGUUAAGCAUGUGAAGGGCGGGACUCCAAAGAGACCUGGAAGCCCUGUAGAGACUUAUAUCUUUGCCAUGUUUAAUGAGGAUAACAAAACAGGGCCGGAGAUUGAGAAACACUGGGGACUCUUUUUCCCCGACAAAACUCCGAAAUAUUCCAUUGAUUUCAAUUAA